AUGAGAUUCUCAGUUACUCAAUGCCUUACCAUUCUGGGCCUCGCCAGCUCUGCCGCGGCCGACUUUCACAUUCUGACUGGCCCAUGCUCUAUUGCCCCUGGAUGGGGCGGCUCCCUCUCAGACGCCACAAUGGCAUGCCCAUCCAACUACUACAACUGCAGCUGCUUGCUAGACGGGGACCGCGCCGGCCAUGUCAUUAAUGGAGAGACCCCAACAGUUGGUAUUACCACCACGGGGUCCAACUAUUUUAAGCUUGAUGGCAUGUGUGGCGUGGGCAACAUGGACUUUUAUCUCCAGGAUGACGGCACUUGGCUUUUCUAUAUUUCUGGCGGAGACGGCAGUGUACAGGGCACAUGCUAUAAUGGAGACAACAGCAUCAAGGACUGCAACGGCUUCAGCGCGGCUUGCAGUUUCAGCAACAUUUUAGUUUGCUAUUCGUACAUUUGCAACUAA